AUGGCUGAGAGCUCGGGAGCAAACGAUGGGGGCCGCCCAUCACGUCAACCGAUCCCCGCAUCGGGAUUCUCCCCCUUCACCCCGUACAUUCUGGAGACACCGCUGCCGGAGAAGUGGAAAAUGCCAACAUUUGACAAGUAUGACGGCACGACUAAUCCCGACAACCACAUGCGUGUCUUCAUGCAUCAGAUGAUGUUCCACGCGGUUAGUGACCCCAUCUGGUGCCGUGUUUUCUCGACUUAUUUGACGGGAGAGGUGCUGGAGUGGUUUUCCGAGCUGCCGGCCGGUAGUAUUGAUUCUCUUGCCACUUUGAAGGCAAGGUUUAGCACGCAGUUCGCGCCCCUGAAACCGGCCAUUCUGACGGUCGACAACCUGGUGAACAUCUGGCAGGAAGACGGGGAAUCGCUGAGGAGUUAUCUUGAUCGGUAUAAUCGGAUGUCGGUCAAGAUAAAGGAUCUCAGCGACGAGAUCGCUCGGCAUCACUUCUCAUAUGGGCUCCAGCCGGGAGUUUUCGCGGACAAGAUAAGCCGCAAGAAACCGAGGACGAUGGAGGAGAUGAGGGAACGAACGAACAAGUUCAUACAGAUGGAAGAUAUGCAGGAGUUCCGACUGAAAAAGAGAGAGAAAGACGAUGCCGCAGUCCUGAAGCCGACUGCACCUCGGUCGAACAAACCCUUGGCCCGGCCCAACGAGAAGAAGCCACCGAAGUUCACGACAUACACCCCCUGA